AUGGAUACAAUAAGAAUACCCUCGCCUUCGGCCAUUCUAGAUCCCCCAGGUCCACAGCCUUUGCCCAAGAAGCCUGUGUCAAAACCUCGACAAAAUGCGACAAGUCCGAAAAAGAAGACCCCUUCCAUUACAAUUCCUACAAAUGGGAACCAGCGCCCUAAGCAGUCCAAAAGCCGUAACGGCUGCAUUACUUGCAAAGCAAAACGCUUGAAGUGUGAUGAGACAAAGCCGAGCUGCCAGCAAUGUCAUAAACGCAACGUAACGUGUGGAGGCUACAAGAAGGACUUCAAAUGGCGCCCCUUCGAGGAAACACCGGCGAUCACCAAGACAGCUCCGAAAAAGAAAGCAUCAGCGUCACCUCCGCCAAAAGCAAAUGGCGAAGAAGGCUCCUCUCAGCCAAGCAAAGUAGCUAGGAGAAGCUCUGCAUCCUCAGGUCAGAUUUUGGGUCUAAACGAACAGCAGAAUCUUCUUUCGCCAAUUAGUAGUUCGCUGCCUGAUGAAUUAUCACUGUCGGGCACUUCCAUGUUCGCCGACUCAACAUCAAUCGUUGGCCAUCCACAUACACUUGGCCUGGUUGGCCCAGUCCUGGAAGACUUCAAUGCGCCAACCGUUUUGGAUACCCCGGGGACAGAGCUGACUGGGUUCCUCUUUUCGAACACUGACCUAGAUUCAAUAUCUCAUUCCUUGCCUACGGAUCUCGACCAGGCGGCUUUCAACAUGCCGAGUAGUCAACCAAGCUUCUUAUCGAUGUUAGAAGAGAACGCCGAUGAUGUAGAGAACAUAAUUAGACAAUCAGAACCCGGCUUCCAGCUAUGGCCGGUGAAGGAGAGCCCUCCACCCACCACGCAAAGCGAUUUGUUACCCGAUCUGUCUAUGACGAACAUGCUUUUGCAGGAACCCGAACCAACUGUCGGUAGCGAAGAGUCACUAAUUGUUCGAUUCGACCGGUUGACUUGUGGUAUUCUGUCGGUGAAGGAUGGGAUAACGGAGAACCCAUGGCGAACUCAUAUCUGGCCCAUGGCAAGAGAAUCACCUGCUUUGUAUCAUGCCGUUAUUUCAAUGGCUGCAUUUCAUUCCUCCAACGAGAAUCCAUCUCUGCGAGUCUUUGGUAUGGAGCACAUGCGUCAAAGUAUCAACUUCAUGGUCCAGGGAAUGGAACAAAUGGAAACAGACGCAGCCUUGGCUACAACUUUAUCUUUGGCCUUUGCUGAAACGUGGGAUCAGCAGACUUCUACGGGCAUUCAGCACCUCAAAGGGGCAAGAGCUCUCAUGCGCCAGACUCUGAAAAAUAGGAUUCGGCGCCAGACGGCAUCAGAAGAACUAGGGAGGGUUCGCUUCUUAUACAAUACUUGGCUUUAUAUGGACGUAAUAGCCCGGAUCACGUCCAUGGAUGAGGCUGAUACAGAGGGACUGGGUGAUUCACGUUUGGUAAUGCCACAAGAUGGAGUUCAUGACGUUGAUCCACUGCUGGGUUGUGCAGCUACGUUAUUUCCGCUCAUCGGUCAUGUAGCCAGUCUUGUGCAGCGAAUACGAAAAAGCGACAGGAACACUUUUUCUAUCAUUUCUCAAGCCCGGGAGCUGAAAAAUACGAUUGACCGUUGGGUCCUCCCCAACCAUUUCAACCCACCGGAAGAUCCUCAAUCUGAACUUCAAGAUAGUAUUCAGACGGCUUAUGCGUACAGAUGGGCGGUUCUUUUGUACCUUCACCAAGCUGUUCCCGAAAUCCCUUCACCAUCAUCUUCAGUCCUCGCGAACAACACCUUGAAAUUGUUGGCAACUGUGCCUCUAUCUUCGAGGACCAACAUUCUACACAUUUUCCCUCUGUUUGUCGCGAGUUGCGAGUUUGAGGAUGAGGAAGACCGCGAGUGGAUUUUACAGCGCUGGGUUGCGAUGCAGAACCGGCUGAGAAUAGGCAAUAUCGACCGCUGUGUGGAAGUUAUUCGCGAAGUCUGGAGACGGAGGGACGCAGCAAAGGCAGAUAGGUUGCGACUGCGAUCACAUUCACUUUCUGAGAGUCGCAAGGGAUCUAUUGCGUUACCGGCAGUUCAUCUGUCGAAAGCAGACAGUAUUUACGGAAGUUCGAUUGAUAAUAACCACACGUCGGGAGGUUUAUACUCUAUGAGUCCUACGAAUGCAAGACAUGGGUUUAUGGUUCCAAUUGUAGAAGAACUAGACUUUGAACAAACGGUACGAGGUAGCCAUCAUUGGGUUGGAGUAAUGAAAGAUUGGGGAUGGGAAGGCACUAACGCAGAGCUUCAUAGUUCUUCUGGGCUGAUGGUAGGGCUUUCGAUUGUAUCCGCCGGUAAUUCUCAUUUCUUCCAACAGCCGUCUCGGGGGUUGUCUUCCUCUCUCGAUCCUGCGCACUUCCUGACCCGGCGGAGUCGGUUCGACACAAUUCCAUCGGAUGGUGGUCGCUCUUGGGACUGGCUGGCGAUAUUUUAA